AUGCCUUUCGAUCUUGGUGCUAAAGGUUCAUGCAUGAUUGGUGGAAAUAUAGCAACAUGUGCUGGUGGAUUACGAUUGCUGCGAUACGGUAGCCUUCAUGCACAUCUUUUGGGACUUACUGUUGUGUGUAAAUUUAUGGCUACAUAUUGUUUGCGUUUGAGUGAAGUUUCUGAUAUCCAGGUCUUACCAGACGAACAAGGAACGAUUCUGAAAGUUGGAUCAUCCUUAAAAAAGGAUAAUACUUCUCUGCAUAUUCCUCACCUUUUCUUGGGUAGCGAAGGACAGCUGGGUGUAAUUACACGAAUUACUAUGGCUGCAGCACCGAAACCAACUUCAGUACAAAGCGCUAUGAUAGGGGCUGAAACGUUUGAGAAGUGUUGUGAUAUUCUUCGCUUAGCUCGUAGACAUCUCUCUGAAAUUUUAUCUUCUUUCGAGUUUCUGGACCGAGAAACUAUGGCAGCCAUCGAUGAAAACUUAGGGCUUAAGCCAGUUCUGAAAUCAGAUCCUCGCUUUACGCUACUUAUAGAGACUUCAGGCUCCGACGAAUUGCAUGAUACGGCAAAGAUGGAACGAUUUCUGGCUCAUUGCAUAGAUGAUGAAUUAGCUAGUGAUGGCGUGCAGGCUCAAUCAGCGACUGAAUCAUCGAUGAUGUGGCGGAUACGUGAAAGCGCUCCAUUGGCUGUGGCUGCCGAUGGUUACGCGUUCAAAAAUGACGUUUCUUUGCCUCUGAAGCAUUUUUAUCGAUUGACGGAGGAGAUCAGAAGCAGAUGUUCGUCUAUGACGAAAAGAAUCGUCACGUAUGGUCAUUUGGGCGAUGGAAAUAGUCACUUGAACAUCACCGCUAAGGAGUACAGCAAGGAUUUAUACGAUAGGCUCUAUCCAUUCAUCUAUGAAUGGGUGAAUGCACAUGAUGGCUCCAUCUCUGCUGAACACGGUAUCGGCCGAAUGAAGCUACCGUAUGCGAAUCUUGGCAAAUCGCCAGCCGAGCGAGACAUUGUCCGUCGAAUCAAGUCGUGCAUUGAAAAUGCGUUGCCAGUGCAGUGGAAUGAUGCAUUUGGUCAGCUGGUCAAACAUCACAAUGGGCAUAUUUCCGUCAUUUCGUAUUGUUCUGAGCUAUCAGCAGCAUUUACUGGCAAUUAUUAUUUGCUUGCAAUCUAUUAUUACAUCUUCUACAUCCUUUUACAUCUCUCUAAAUCUAAGGCAAAUUCUGGUCAAGUUUUCAUUUGAAG